CGUGUUAGUAAUUGUAGUCUGGGUAUAAUAGUUGGAGCUUGAAGUACUUCAAUCCAACACGUAUCAGUAUAAAAUAUUAUCACCUAAUUUUUUUCUUUCAAUUUUUUAGUUUGUUUCUAUAACUAAACACAAGAAACGAGAAGAGCAGCGAAAUAUGAAUUCAUUACACAUGAUUUUAUUCUUGUUCACCUUUGUGGUGGAUAUUAUCAUUGCAGAAUUUACAGCAGAUGAUUGCAAGAUAUUGGGGUUUAACAAAGCCAAUGUGCUUUGCUCAACUUGUGAACGCUUUAAUGAUCCUGAAUUAGCAAAAAUUCUUGCUACGUGUAAAGAAUGUUGUCUGAAAGAUAAUGACAAUGAUUUGUCUGGAUCGAAGCGUUAUCCUAAGGCUGUCCUCGAAGUUUGCACAUGCAAAUUUGGACAAUAUCCACAAAUACAGGCCUUCAUUAAAAGUGAUCGACCAAAGAAAUACAAGAAUCUCAGCAUAAAAUAUGUAAGAGGCUUAGAUCCAAUCAUUAAGUUAUAUGAUGAGGAAAAUAGAAUUGAAGAUAUAUUAGAUAUACAUAAAUGGGAUACAGACUCUGUAGAUGAAUUUCUAUCCACUCAUCUUUCUAAGGAUUAAUAAAAUUAGGAAAUAAAUAUAUUGCAUUAAUAUAUGAUA